AUGGAUCAGCAUGUUGGCAACGGCCGAACUUCCGCUUCACUGAAACAUGGAGAUGAAUUUACAGCGUCUACUAGUGGUGGUGCCACCAAGAACUCAGUGAAAGGAGAGCUAUCAGGGGAAUUCGAACCCAGCAAACCAAUAGGGCCUGCUGGCCGGAAAGAAAGCUAUCAUUUACAAGAACUGACGAUCAAUAAACUCAAGUUUGAUUCCCUUGGAUUGAUUGGAAGAAAGAGAGAACGAGAUUGUCUGAAACGAUGUUAUAGGCGGAUGAUGGGACACGAAGAAGGCUCAUCAAGCAAGAGCAGCGAUGAAAAUGACAGCAAGGUUCAAGGAAAUAAUGACAAGACAAAGGGGAGACGGGAGCUGAUAUUCAUCCAAGGGCCAAGCGGGGUGGGGAAAACGACGAUAGCCAACACUCUGAAGCGCGACAUUGCAAAAGAGGAGUCUGGUUUGUUUGUGAACGGGAAGUUUGACCUGAGCCAUUCGGAAGAGCCUUAUUCUGGAAUUGCACAGGCUCUUGGUCAAAUAUGUGUUGCGAUAAAGAAGCAAGAAGUCAUGAGGAAAAGGAAGAACCCAUUGGGUGAAGAUGAACCAAGCACUGGAGCUAUUACCGAGAAAGCUGACUUUGCAACUGAGCUCAUCUCAGCGCUAGGCAGUGAAGUGCACUUGCUGGUAAAGCUGGUACCACAACUCGAAAUGAUUGUACCAGACUUAUCAGAGGAAUCACCAGAACCUUUCUUUGAUGCUGAUGCUGGACGAAAUCGCUGGGCUUUUGCCUUUCGUGUGCUGAUGCGGGCCAUGACCUCCUGCUUUGCCCCCAUUGUUAUUUUGUUGGACGAUCUCCAAUGGGCAGAUGCAUCAUCACUUGAACUCAUAGAAUCCUUGAUAUCCGAUGAGGAAAAUUCGAAUGCUCUUAUGAUAGUAGGAUGCUUUCGUCCCGAAGAAGUCGGUGAGGACAAUUACUUGGCUGAAACUGAACGGAGGUUGGAAAAGAAAGUUGCAGCGGUCCAAUACAGUUUCACUGUAACCAGCUUGGAAUUGGACAACUUGAAUGUGGAUGAAACACAUGAGAUGAUUAUGGAGUUGCUCAACGAUGACGACGAAGAUCACUCAAGGGGGUUGGCAGUGAUCUGCCACGAACGCACAAUGGGAAAUCCCUACUUCUUAAUCGCCUUACUGGGCAUGUUGGAGGAAGAGGGCCUUCUUGAAUUCCAAUUUGCGCUACUCCAGUGGAUAUGGAAUGAAGAUGACAUUUCGUACAAGACCAUGUCCACCACAAGUAUCGUCGAUCUACUGCAGCGACAAAUGAAAAAGCUACCGCAGAACGUACAGCUGAUGCUUCAAUAUGCCGCUUGCCUUGGAUCUUCAAUACGGGUCUCGACUCUAGAAGUCUUGUGGGACACGCAUGCGGUAGCAGUUUUGGGGGAAAGAAGCGAAGAUCUUUCUAGACUUUUUGGAGAAUUAGAAGAUGCUGCCCAUUUCAUCGAGUAUUUUGGCGUCAAAUCGUUUCGCUUCGUUCACGAUGAGGUCAGGGAGGCAGCAUUGUCAUUAGCAGCCGAGGAUACUGUCAGCUUUCAAUUUGCAGUCGGUUCCAGCCUUUUUCAUGACUUUGGUGUCGAUGGACUGGAUGAAUUGCUAUUUGAAGUGGCAAAUCUCAUGAACAAAGGCAGUCUGGAGACCAGUGUCGAGCUUGCCAACUUGAACUUGAAGGCAGCAGAACAGGCAAACAAGAUGGCAGCUUUUUCGAGUGCUUUAAUGUACGUGUCGAAAGGUAUCGACUUGCUACCUGUCGACAGAUGGACAAACAAUUAUGACAUGACCUUGCGGUUGUGCACACUUGGCGCAGAGCUGGCGUUUGCGUUACGACAGAAAACGACAGUUGAGAAAUUCUGCAAGGAAGUGUUGUCCCAAGCAUUUUGUACAGAGAUGGAAAAGUUUCCCAUCAACUUGACAAAAUGUCUAACACUGUAUACAAUGGACGAAAAUACAAACGAAUCCAUUGAUCUUUGUCUCGAUGUGCUUGCCGAGCUUGGUUCGCCGCGAUGGAAUAUGGCAGUUAUUUCCAUGGGAUCUAGUGUACCGCUGCUGAAGGCAAUCGAAACAGCAAAGACUUUAGAGAAGGAGGAAUAUCAGGCUUUGCCGAAAAUGGAAGACCCUCAACUACUUUCAAUUGUUCAUCUUCUUGUUCGGUUGACGUACAUUGCUCGUGUAUCUGAAAAACCAGUCAUUGUCGACUUGUGUACAACUCAAAUUGUUCGAAUGACAUUGAAGUAUGGUGUUUCGGCUGAAAGUGGUGUCGGAUUUGCAAAUCUAGGUUUGCUAGCUGCAUCCGUUUUUGGAGACUACGAGGUUGCAUGCUUCUUUGCUGAAGUCAGUGGCUUGCUGCAAUCAAUCGUACCGUCAAAGUACUCCGAGUCUGAUGUGUUGGCCACGUCAUGCCAGCUUGCUUUACCACAUACAAAAUCAUUCUCCGAUUGCUUGAGCCCAGCCUUGAGAGGCUAUCAACUUGGAAUGCAGGCUGGUAAUUUGAAUGGAGCCAUGUGGUGUCUCAUGACGCAUUCGUUAAUGUAUCCGUAUCAAAUGGGAAAGCCUCUUUUGGGAAUUCUUGAAAAUUGUUCAAAGACUUUGCAUCAGAUACAAGACCUCCGGCAGAAAGAUCAGCAUCUCAUCACAAGAAUGUUCUGGCAAAUGGUACUGAAUCUCACCGGGAAAUCCAAAGGAAAAACCAAUUUACGAGGUGCAGCAUUUAAUGAAGAGAAGAAACAAACCGUGACUGCAUUGGAAAGGGCCUAUCUGGAUGCUUUCCGGUUGCAACUGAUGAUAUUUUUCGGAGAAUAUAAGGAGGCAGGGACUUUGGUCAUUGACACUGGUGGUUUCUCUACGAUUGCACCAAAAUACUUUUUUGGAAUGGUAGACACUUUCUUUCGAGGUUUUGCAAUGUAUCUCCUUGCUCAUCGCACGCGAAAGCGAAAACACCUCCAACUCGCGAACGAAAUCCAGACUACCAUUGAGAAGUGGGCACAAAAUGGAAAUCCAAAUGUGCAGCACUACCACCUCUUUUUAUGCGCAGAACAGGCUGCGUACGAUAAAAAGUCAACGGAAGCAGCAUCCCUGUUUCGGAAAGCUAUCGUACUGGCAACUCGGACGGGCCAUCUGCACCAUGCUGCCCUUUUCAACGAGCGAUGUGCAGCCUAUCUCGAGGCGGAAAUCCUCGAAUCUUGCCAAUCACUGGAAGACAUUGACUUUCGAAAAAGCGAAACGGUCCGCCUGUACACCGCAUGGGGUGCGAUGCAAAAGGUGAAACUGAUGUCGUAG